GUUUAGAUGUACGUCACAGUUAUAUGCGUAUAUUGCCGCAUAGACACGCUGAGAGGGCCAGUUUAUAUGGAACAUUAAGAUGCCGAAGGGAGGGGGAAACCUGACAUCAGUUGAAUCUUCCAGUGACAAAAACUUUUUAGACUCCAUGUAUGAGUUCAUAGAAAGCGAAAAGAAGCACCUGCCAUGCACCGAAGCUGAUGAACAGCGCUAUAUUAUCUACAGUGCUGCAUUUGAUAUGGUACCAAACAAGCCAGAAUGGGCGCGUGAUGAACUAGUCCUUAAUAAGGUAAUUGAGCGCACAACCGUGUAUAAAAUGGUGCUUGCUGCCAUCAAGAGAGAAUAUGACAAUUUCAUUCAGGCUGUCAAAAGAAAGCACCGUGAUACCCAGAGGGUGCAGGGAAGAGUGAAAUGCAUGCUGUCUGAGCCGGUCUCUCUAAUCAACCACCACGAGAGAUCUGCCCAGCUCCGGGAGAGGAUCGCCAUAAUCCUAAAGGACACAUUUGAGCUGCAGACUGAAAUAAACAGGCUGAGGAAUCUGCAGACUGAGAGAGAAUCUACACAGGAGGGUGCAAGGCCAUCUUUCCAGAAUCCAGGUCUAACAGUGAAGGAGGAGAUGAGGCUGGGCGGCGCAGUGGGGCACCUGGAGAGGUGGGAGCAGAAACGACCAGCGCUGCUCCGCAGCAAGGCGAGUCGGCUGAAGUCUGAGAUGGACGGCAGGAUGAGCGCAGAGAUCCUGAGGGUCGAGCUGCUUAGGGAGAACGAGAGACUAAGCUUUCGGAACAAACAGUUGAAGUUUAUUAAUGACUCUCUACACUCCUGGGAGGAAUCGAGAGGAGAGCUCCCAUUGAAGGACUUCCUGUCCUCAGUCCUUCGGAAAACUUCAGAGCUCAAAGGUCCGGAUUCUGAUACGGAAAGCGGCAUGUCAGUGCCCUCUAACGAAGACAUCAGUGCCUCUUGGCUGCUGAAGGAAUUCGACAGAUUCAGAGAAGGUCUGUUCUCGGGUGACAAUGAAGACAUCCCUGUUCCUGGUGCCAGGUCCCCUCAAGGCCUGCCAAGGGACGUGGAGACCGUGGAGAGGAUCAGCGGUGCAUCGCAACCAGUCGAAAAUGCCGAAGGGGAAUCGCUGUUGCUCUUCAUACAGUCUUCGAUGGCCUCGGUGCAUGCUGGGAUGCAGCUGCCUAGCGACGUGCUGUCAGUGGCGCUGGUGAAGUACGCCUUGCAGCACACCCGCUUGGAGCUGGUCGCACACUGGGUCACGCAGAAAAAGCUGACCUGCUCAGAGACGCUGGGGGAUGUGAUCUGCUCGUACCGGCGUGCCAGUCCGCGGGCAGCUGACACCUGCCUGACCCUGGCACAGCUGGUGUACGGCGCCUGCAGAGCCCGCAGAAAGGCUGCAGCCUGCCUCUGCAGCAGGGGCAUGACGCACGCUGCGCUGGCGAUGGGCCUGCAGGACGGGACCUUCUCACUGGAUGACUACUUGUACCUUCUGAAGAGCUGUCCCAGUUUGGUCCUGAUCCAGGGCCUGACCACGGAGCGCCAUGGCCGACCGGCUGUCCUCUCCCUGGGUUUGGUCGCUGAUGCCCUCCUGGCCAGCGGCAGGGAGGAGCUCGCCUUCCAGCUUCUGGAGAGCAUCCGCAGCGGGACUCCAGGUGCCCUGCAGGAGGCCAUCCUGGCAGAUGUUGGAUGGACACCAGAGGGGUGGGGUGAGAUUGCCAAGCACUGCAGACAACAGGACAGGUCCCCACUGGCCCAGGAGAUCCUGACGGUCCUGACCUCCCGAGACGGCACUGUGCUGUUGUCACCAGAUGCUGAGGGUGCCAAGCUGAUGGAGCAUGUGUUCAUGUGAAGAGAUGGCCACUAGAGGGAGACAUGGGGCCAAAACUCUGUAUGGAAUCUGACGUAAUGUAGUGGGUGGAGGGAGACUGGUUGGAUGGGGGGCAGGGCAUCACAGUUCCAGAGUGAAUGGAAAGCUCAGUGCUGUUCACCAGCUUAUAAUCCCGUGCCCUGAUGCCUCGGUCUAUAAAGCACUCACGGCUAGUUAAACCAAUGGCAUCCCUUCGUUCCGAGCACCCGGCUUGCCAUUGGCCCUUACCCAUCUCCCAACAACAGCUGCAGCUGGUAGGAGGAUGAAGGUGAACUGGCAAGAAAUCUCCAAAAAUACAGCGGGUCCUUAGCUUCAGAUGGAAGAGGAGGAGCAGGUAUCCGUUAGCGCGAGCCCUUGGCCUGAAUUAUGUUAUGCCUGUAAGGCAGUUCUCUUGCUGGAAAAAACGCCUGUAUCCUAACAAAGGAAAGCAUUGUAUGAUGUACAGGUUGUAGGUUUGAAUCCCUGGCACCUUGCAUGAAUUGUAACACUCACUUUGGAUAAACAUGUAAGAUAAAUGAGUUAAAUGUAAAAUAAUGCACUGUUAUAA